AUGAACAACUCCAAAUACGCGCCCAAGACCCCCGCAGAAAAACUCGCAGAAUCCAAAUCGGAAAAGCUAAAAAAAGAUAAAGACCGCAUAACCCGACUUCUCGUACGUUUGCAAUGGAAAGCCGAACUCCUCAUGCUCUCCUACCUACGCACCCUAGACCUACUCCAGCACCACCCCCCCAGCACCACCACCACCCCCUCAAUGUUCCAACUCGACUUUUUCGAAUUCUACACCUUACUCGAACGCUACAUCCUCUCUUUGCUUUCCUUAUUCCGCAUCUCCAUCUCCUCCUCUUUACCCGCUGAGCGCCAAAAUUUCAAUUACCUACGUUAUGAGACGAAUCCGGCACUACGCCACACAAGGCCAAUAGCGGACCACGCUUUCCAUGCUAAUCUCCUCGAGGCGUUGGAUGAUCCCGACGGUCCGUUUAAGAAGUGUCUGGGUGAGGGGGAUGUGCGGGUGCAGUUGGGCAGAGCGAAGGAGUGUAGGAAUAUGUGGAAGGAUGCGGAUUGUAAGAAAGGGGGGGAAGGGGGGAGGGUAAGCUUGCAGGAGCUGGGGAUCGAGGGUAUGUUGAGGGGGAUUUUGGCGGGGUGUGAAGAGGCGAGGGCGGUGGCGAUGGGGUAUCAGGGGGACGAGGGCGGUGUGACGAGUAGGGAUUUUGAAAGGGUGUUUGAGGAGGAGGAGGGGAUGGAGGUCGAGGAUGUGCCGUAUGAAUAUAUGGAUGAUGCCAUGGAUUUGGAUUAG